AUGGACCUUUACGCCGACUUGCCACUGGCCAAAGGCGCCAAAGCGCCUUCCGCGCUCGAUGCUGAUGGUCAACCCAAGACGUCUCUAUCGUUGACCUCUUCGGUCUGGGCCAGUGCGCCAUUGAUGGUCCCCCAAGCAGCCAAGAACAAGAGCAGUAACCGCUCGACGGCUGCGGUAAUAGCCAGUAGCACGUUGAUGGUGCCGAGUGCAUUGACGGCAAGCAGAGGCAAAAGAUCGACGGUACCGACUGUUUCGCUGGCUUUCAAGCCAGCACCGGUGGCUAGAAAAGCAUCUGCUGGCAUUCCAGUGGUCUGUAAGAAAGAGAAUGACGAUAUGCGGAGGACGGCAACAGGCACCGGGUUGGGGUACGUUGCAGCGACGGAAGUGAAGGUGACGUCGGUCGAUCGUCCACAGAAUACGAUGGAGAUGCAAGAUGGGGAUGCGGGUAGUGUGGAGAUAGCUGGUAGCCACUUUUUUCAGCAGACGUAUCGAGACGAGUAUCAACCUGCACGUCCGAACAGCUACGAGAUGUACUGCAAGGAACGACAAGAAAAGAAGAAACUUGAACAGGUGAAGCGCGAGCUGAGUCGACGGCAGCGAGAACAGGAUCGAGAGAGCAAGUUAGAGCGAGAAAAGCUGGCAAAGGAUCUGGCUGCAGGGCGUGCACCUGCCAUGAAGCUGCUCGCACCCGCUGGACGAGGACGAGGCAUGACAAUGCCGGCGUGGAUGCGCAAGAAAAUUGAAGAUCAUGCGGCAUCACAGCCAGAGAGUGAGCGUGAUGUAGACCGAGAACAGUUUGAGGGUGCAGAGGCCGCAAAAAGUUAUACCGCAGGACAGUUUGAGGAUGCUGCGGAGUCUCGGGACGGCUGGACCUUUCCUGCCAAGGGUUCCGGGUUCUCCUCAUCUUCUGGAUCUGCUUCAUCAGCAGCAGUGGGUGGUUUGUUCCGAGCGAAUAUGGCUGAACCAACUAGUCGGGCGAGCAAGAGCGGUUCGCGCGGUGGCAGUCGUGAUAACAGGGAUCGACGUUCCUCAGAACGGUGUGAAUCACAUGCGCCAGAAUUGGAUGAAUUUGGAAGAGAGGUUCGACACGAUACGAAGCGAAAGAGAGCAGACGAGUCGGUCGGUAACUAUCGCGAGCACAACACGAGCUCGAGAAUCCGCGAUAGCCACGAGAAAGGUCAACACCGCGAUAGUGGAAGCCGUUCAUCGUGUGAGAAGCGCCAUCGAACCAGCAGAUCGCCACAGAAAACUCUGUUAAGAAGUCAGGUGGUGUUGCUAAAGAACAUGGUGGGGCCAGGCGAGGUGGAUGACGAGUUGCAAGAUGAAGUUAAGGGUGAAUGCUCCGAGAAGUACGGUCCUGUGACAAAGUGCGUGGUGUACGAAGAGACUGGAACGGUUGUGCCUAAAGAAGCUGUCCGAAUAUUUGUUCAGUUCACGAAUGUUGAAGAUGCCACAAAAGCUUUGACAGGCUUACAUGGUCGGUUUUUUGGAGGUCGCCGAGUCAAAGCGGCGUACUAUGACGAGAGCAAGUUUGACCGAAUGGACCUCACAAGCUAG